UAAUUUUUCGGUAUCUGCAGUUGUGUUACCGCAGCAGACUCGAUGACGGCGUCACUUAUCAAACACAGCUGCGUGUAAUCACGUCCGAUCAGUAUCUCGGUCCAAAACAAGGCUCGGUUUGAGCAACACUGGGAGGAUCCGCUGUAGCUGCGGUUUAAAUGCGCCUUUUCCCUGCGGUGCAGUCACAGAGGAGCUGUUGGAGCCAAGAUGCAGUAAUGUAAAACGGGCAGACAAGAGAAAUAAUAAUAAGAAGAAUGGAAAUAAUAGCUAACGCCGUGGCUGCUGCCGGCGGCCUCAUCACUGGGCUUAUGAACUGUUUUACGAAUAUUUUUCUUACCUCACCGAUGAAGGCCGCUCUCAAAUAUUUGGAGGAGACUGAACUCAAAACUUUGAAAGGAGACAAAAGAACCCUGAAAGCGAAAUCUCUGUGGGAGGGGUCCGGGGCUGUCAUCAUGGCAGUGCGGCGACCUGGAUGAUUCUUGUGCAGAGAGGAGGCUGCAGAGCUGUCCUCUCUGAAGCCCCAGCUGGAUGAGCUCGGGGUCCCUCUGUACGCUGUGGUGAAGGAGGACGUCGGCACCGAGGUCCAGAACUUCAGAACGUACUUCAAGGGGGAGAUCUUCUUGGAUGAAAAGAGGCGUUUUUAUGGGCCCCGUGAGCGGAAGAUGGGUCUCUUGGCGUUCCUGCGUGUUGGAGUUUGGAUGAACGGCCUGCGGGCCUUUCAGAGGGGCUUCAUGGGAAAUGUUUUGGGAGAGGGCUUCGUCCUUGGUGGGGUCUUCGUCAUUGGGCGAGGAGAGCAGGGAAUUCUUCUGGAGCACAGAGAGGUUGAAUUUGGAGAUAAAGUCAACAUUGAAGAUGUCAUCCGAGCUGUCAGAAGAAUAUCACAAGAACGUCUGUCUUUAAAGAUGAAAUAAUGCUUUGUAUUAUCCCUAAAGGAUAAGAAUCUCACA